CAGUGUCACAGGGAAACAUUAACAGAGUGCUGGGAGCUGCUACAUACUGCUGGUAAAAGUGAAACAUGAAUUACGAUAAAGAAGGAAACCCGGCAGGAUAUCCACCACCUGGAGCUGGAGGAGCCUAUCCACCUCCACCAGCAUAUAAUCCAUCCCCAGGAGCAGCCUAUCCACCUCCACCAGUUUAUAAUGCACAACCAGGACAGCCAGUCUUUGUGACAUCUGCAUUUCAUGACACCCCUGCAUCAACAACCUGCCCCUCGUGUAGGCAGAAUGUAAUCACCAACAUACAUUAUAAUACCGGAUCACUCGUGUGGCUUCUGUUUGCCAUCCUACUGAUUUUUGGGUGUUGGCUGGGAUGCUGCUUGAUCCCAUUUUGUGUGGAUAGCUGUAAGGAUGUUGAUCAUUUUUGCCCAAACUGCAAUCACCAUUUGUACAAAUAUAAAAGACUGUGAAAAGAGAAGAAUACCUAUUAUAAUAAUGCUUUACAUUCUGGUUUUUUUGGCAUACAAUUAUGAAUAAAAUAUACUCAUUUCAAUUCCUUUUAACUAUAUUUUUAAUAAAAUAAAUUGUAAAAUAAAUGUAAAAUAGUGCUUGCAUUAAAGAUCUUUUACUCAAA